GGUUUUCUUCACUCCCUACCUGACUUCCGGCUCCUCCUCGUAGACGCCGCCGGGCGGACCUUCUUCCCAGAGUGCCUUGCGCCUCCUUCCCAGGCUUCCCCGCGCGCUCUCCACUUUCGUCGCCCGAGUGCGCCGCACAGAGUCUAAGGCGCAGGUCACUGAGAAGUACCAUGUCUGGGACUGAAGAAAUGAUUCUUGGCAGCCAUGACAACCACACUUCUGCUGCUGGCACAUCUGUGUUGUGCUUUGGACAGUGCCCAUACACAGCAGACGAGCACCAGGCCAUCCAGAGAGCGCUGAGGCAGAGGCUGGGCCCUGAAUACAUAAGCAGCCGCAUGGCUGGAGGAGGCCAGAAGGUCUGCUACAUUGAGGGUCACCGGGUAAUUAAUCUCGCCAAUGAGAUGUUUGGAUACAAUGGCUGGGCACAUUCUAUCACACAGCAGAACGUGGAUUUUGUUGACCUUAACAAUGGCAAGUUCUACGUCGGAGUCUGUGCAUUUGUGAGAGUCCAGUUGAAGGAUGGUUCCUAUCAUGAAGACGUGGGCUACGGUGUCAGCGAGGGCCUUAAGUCAAAAGCCUUGUCUUUGGAGAAGGCACGGAAGGAGGCCGUGACGGAUGGACUGAAGCGAGCGCUGAGAAGUUUUGGGAAUGCACUUGGAAAUUGUAUUCUGGACAAAGACUAUUUGAGAUCACUGAACAAGCUUCCAUGCCAGUUGCCUCUUCAAGUGGAUUUAACUAAUGCAAAGAGACAAGAUUUUGAGCCCUCUGUGGAGCAAGCAAGAUACCGCAGCUGCAGACAGAACACUGUUUUGGGACCCCAAAAGCCACAGGAGGUGACCUCCCCUUGUAGACCAAGCCAUUCGGAAGAUCCCCACACUGUGACACAGGGGGACAAGGAUAGUAGCUCCCGAUGCCUGGCUCCUGGGGACAGGGACGCUACCUAUCAGCGAAAACUCCGGCAGAAGCAGCUGCAGCAGCAGUUCCGGGAGCAAAUGGAGAAGCAGCAGCAAGUCCAAACCCCUGCUCCCUCUGUGGGAAAGAAGGGCCAGGUAAUUGUGGGGCCACCACCCCUGCCCCCUGGGAAGGACAGCACCCCAGUGAUGAAGCCUGCAGAUCCUCCCAUGGCAAAGGACUUUGAAGACAACCUUGAAAUGUGGGACAUGUCUCAAAAUUCAUGGGACAGUAUAGCCAAGCUCUCCUCCAAACCAGAAGCACCCCAGGCCCUUGCCACAAUAGUCCCAAAGAACCAGAUGGCAGCCUGGAGCAACACCCCCAAAAGCCUUUGCCAUCAGAACCUACACGUGGAGCCCUGGCACCCCCAGAUUCACAGUGCUGAAAAACACUCAACAGGCAGCUCUGACUCUGACAACAGAAACCUGGACAUGAAGAAAAGGAGGCUGGAUCCAUCUUAAUAGAGGUUGAGGCCAUGACACUGACUAUCACAGGAAGCCUUUAAGAAGAACUCAUGAAAAUGUUCACCAUUUCUAGGGAAUGAGCUCUAUUUCCAAGGACUGACCUUGCUUCUCUCUGAACUUUGCCAGAGAUUGUAUUGUGACUCUGGUGACUUGUUGCAGAUGAAGUUGUGCAGCUGGAAAAUAUGCACCAGGGAAACCUCGCCACUGCAUGGGGGAGGACCUGGGAGAUGAAACAUCCUUGCUUUGGUGUUAUUCACUCUAUAUUCCUAAAAUGGUAUGCUAAUAAGAAUAGAGAGAGUAGGUAAAGUCAGUGGUUACCGGCCAUUACACAGCAUAAAUCAUACUAAGCUCUGAUUUUAACAUUAAAUUAUUGAGUAAUCUUUUUUUUAACUUAUAAAAUGGAAAUAUUGAUAAUACUUUAGGUUAAGAGGGGUACAUUUCCACACAGUGCCCACCCCCAGAGCUCCAUAUCCAAUCGCCUCCCUAUUUAUCCCUCUGGGAGUGUGGAACAUGGGGUGCAGAAGGUGGAAGGUCUGGCUUUUGUAACUGCUUCCCCACUAAACAUGGGCAUUGGCAAGUGAAUUGGUAUCCUCGGCUUUAGUAGUUUUUGCCUGAGCCUGACAUCUAAUACAUAGGUUGACCCAGUUUAUUGUCUGGGGAGAUAGUGUCAUAGUUGGAAAUUGAAUAAUCUUUGCCUCCUUUGUUUACAGGACUCUAGUGAUGCUCGUACAAGCAAUGGCUUAUUUUACUGCACUUUGUAGAUGAGGGUUUUUUUUUUUUUUUGUGGCAACCUGUGUGAGCAACUGUCAAUUCCUGCCUACAACUAUGUGCCAUUUUCUGGUAUCCUAUUAUUUUUUCAUUAUUCUUUUAUUUGUUAUGUUUCUAUAAUCAGCAACCUUUAAUACUACUUUUAGUAAUUGUUUUGCACUACCACAGAUCAUCCUCAUGUGAAUAGUGUAUGUAAUCUAUUUAGCUAUCUCAUUUCCUCUUUGGCUUCCUUAUGUCCUGAGACUGGAGUUCACUGCUUUUAGGCCAGGGGCUGGAAGAUUAACUAGGAAGCUCACGGGUGGAGCAGCACCAUGGUGUCUUUCAGUAUCUCUCUGCCUCUUCUAUCUGAAAUAGAAUAAACAUCCCAGGAGCAGUGGGUAUGUAUCAUAUAUAUGUAUAUAUGAUUCAUAUAUAUAAAUCACAUAUAUGGGGGGCUGGGUGGGUAGCACAGGGGGUUAAACGCACAUGGUGCAAAGUGCAAGGAUCAGAGUAAGGAUCCUAGUUUGAGCCCCCAGCUCCCCACCUGCAAAGUGGGGGUCCGCUUCGCAAGUGGUGAAGCAGGUCUGCAGGUGUCUGUCUUCUCUUCCCGUCUCCCCUACUCUCUUGAGUUCUCUCUGUCCUAUUCAACAACAACAGCUAUAACAAUAACAACCAUAACAAGGGCAACAAAAUGGGAAAAAUGGCCUCCGGGAACAGUGGAUUCAUAGAGCUGGCACUGAGCCCCAGUGAUAACCAUGGAGGCAAAAAAAAUAAAAUUUGAAGAUGAAAAAAAUAGGCCAGUUAACUAAGGACCUCUGAAUGUUGGAGUGAAGAGACAAAUAUGACCAUAAAUCCAAAGCUGCAAUGAUUAAGCUUAGCGAGAGAGGGCAUGUUGAAAACCAAGACAAGGUCAAAAGCUGUGCCUCUUGGGCCAGCCAGGUCACAUGUAUGACAAAGCAAGUGCAAGUCCAAGCAGCUGGCUUGCUGGCCCAUUUCUAUUCUGAGAAAGAUGAGAGACAAGAUGCUCUACCACCAGUUGAGUCACGGUGCUGAGGAUCAAACCCAGGACCCCACACAUGCUAAGUCAUGUCCUUAGGUAGCUAGAACUUCAAUCUUGUGGGAAGAUAUGAAUCUGGAUCUCUCCCUAUUUUCCCCUUCCUCUCAAUUUAAGUGUCUGAAUCUGAAGCACAGAAUUCCUAGAUCAAAGUAAGGCACUCAACUGUUUUUGUUUCUUUGGAAGAUGAAGAGGUAGCAGCUUACCCAGAUUUCCCUUCCAUUUUGCUUGCUGAAUGAAUUUGAACAUUGUGUGUGCGUCUACACAUCUUUCACUUUUAUCCUCCCCUUGCACCCAACUCUCAAAUUUUGCCCUAAAGAAACUAGAAACUCUUGACUCUAUAGUGAACAUUUUAUACAUUAAAAAAAAAAAAAUUCCCUUUUGUUGCCCUUAUUUUAUUGUUGUCAUUAUUAUUUGUGUCGUUGUUGUUGGAUAGGACAGAGAGAAAUGGAGAGAGAAGGGGAAGACAGAGGGGGAGAGAAAGACACCUGCAGACCUGCUUCACCACUUGUGAAGCGACUCCCCUGCAGGUGAGGAGCCGGGGCUCGAACCGACAUCCUUACACCAAUCCUUGCGCUUUGCGCCACAUGUGCUUAACCCACUGUGCUACCGCCUGACUCCCUAUACAUUCUUUUUAUAGAGAGGGUGGGGACGGCAGCAUACAUAGUGUGAAGUGCAAGGACUGGUGCGAGAAUCCCGAGUUGAGACCUUGGCUCCCCACUUUCAGGGGGGUCACUUCAUAAGCACCGAAGCAGGUCUGUAGGUGUUUCUCUUUCCCCCUUUUUUAAUUUUUUAAAAUUGAGACAGAAAUUGAGAGGAAGGGGAGAUGGGGGAGAGACACCUACAACACUGCUUCACCACUUGUGAAGCUUUCCCCCUUGAGGUGGGGGCUGGGGGCUUAAACCAGGGUCCUUAGGCAGUUAACAUAUGUGCUUAACCAGAUGCGCCACCACCUGGCCCAUCUCUGUCUUCCCCUCAUCUCUCUGUCCUAUCCAAAAGCAGCAACAACAACGGGAAAGAGAUGCCACCAGGAGCACCAAGCGCUGGCAAUAACCCUGGAGGCAAAAAGGGGGGGGGGCGGAGAGGAGGUAGGGAGAAAGACACUUGCUUUGGACCUGGGGCUUGAACCCAGGUCUUUGGUGUGGCAAAUGUGCUCUACCUGGUGUGCCACCACCCAGCCUCCCAAUUUUUAUCUUUCGCAGUUUACAUUUCAGUUCUUUCAGAUACAAGAACCAGAAGACCCCCCCCCCCCCCACACACACACACACCACUGUUUAGUCUGCAGCAUACCUUCAGAUCAGAAUUGCUAUGGGAAAAAAGUUGGAGUCAGGAAUUGUAUACAAGCAGAGCUGACUGGAACAUGAAAAAGGAGUUUGCUUGAAAAUGAAACCCCACAGCUCAACAAAAGCAAGUUUGGUUUAUUUGAAUGGUUUCAUUAAAUAAGUCUACAAAGGUAACAAACUGAAGCACAAAGCGAGAUCUUACAAGGAGCAACACCAGAGUUAGUGCAAAAUGUACAAUUCACGGCUACUGAGAAAUCCCCAAGGCUUGAAUUCAGUUUAAUUUGCUUUUUAAACAAUGUACAUUGUUAAAUAAUGUAAGGAAAACAUUUAUAAUUCAGAAAGUUUUUUUAAUGUGGAAAAAGAUACUCAAAAGUAUACUAUUAACACAAAAAUAAUUUAAACAGUUCAGUAGCACUAGUUCAUUCCUCUAGGCUUCAGUUAUUUCAUCCACAGGAGGGGGGGAAAUUAACAGUAAAAACCAGUUCUCAUGUGUAAAUGAGAUCUCAAAAUUAUUAACCAAAA